UUUAGUUCAAGUUUUCGUUUUAAAGCAAAAAUGGAAAUUUCCAAAUAAAAUACAAUGAAAAUCUUUAGUACUAUUUUAAAUUUCGGACUCACUAAUUCGUUAUGUUUUUUUUAAAGAGGAAUUUCGAUUUUAAAUCGAUAUCCAGAUUUGUACGCUUAUAUAGUUCCGGUAGAAGAUCUCACUAUGAAGUUCUUAAUUUACAAAAAAACUGUACAGAUAAGGAUAUAAAAGAAGCAUUUAUAAAAUUGAGCAAGCAGUACCAUCCAGACAAGAAUAAAAGUACGAAAGCACAAGAGAAUUUCGUUCAAAUUGUGGAAGCAUACAAUGUCCUUAGCAAACCUGGAAGCAGGGCGUCAUAUGAUAGUACUGCAGAAUAUGACAGUAGCGGCUCAUAUGUGUACAAAACACAUGUACCAUAUAAUUUGCGAAACAAUCCACAAUACAGCUACAACUAUACGCAACAGAAGUCUGGAAAUACAAACGCUAAAACAGACUACUAUGGUAUAAAAGGUGUGACGAAGUUGCCGAAUCUUGCCAUUAUAAUGAUAAUGUUUGGUGUUGCUAUCAUUGGUGUUAUAUUGCAAGUGGUUGUGAUUAGGCAGUCAUACUUCAUGCAAAGGAAGAGAACAGAUGAGAAGUCUAUGAGGCUCGCCGAAGAAUUAGAGAAAGUCAGAGCCACUGCUAGGGGGAAAACAAAUGAUGUACAGACACAAAUUAUGCUAGACAAAAUAGUAGCGGCUUCCAAUCCCUCCGUAGCCACCGCAUCUCUCGGACAAACAUUGGCGAACGAGAAAAAGUGAUAUAUUUUUUGAUUUACAACUUUUUUAGUAUAUAGUCCCGUAAAAAACUUGAGACCUUCAAGUAAUUCAGAUUAAUCAUUAAAACUAAUAAAAUAAAUACAUUGAAAGGAUUUCUUCUAGACGCGAUGGUAAAUCCCCUGGAAAAGACAAAACAAAAGAUUUCGAUUUUUUUUUUAGAUUCUCCUAAAAUCAAAUGAUAUAAAAACGCGUCCUGAAUGAUAGACCCGUUAGUAAAACGAAACAAUAUUUUAGGGAAACGUUUGGCAUUUUGGGCAACCCCACUUUCUAUAUCAACAACAGAACAAAAUCAAAAUAGAAAAGUGACCUUUUUUUGGGGCCUUGGAGCCUCCUUGAAUAUCUGUCCGGGACUAUUUAGUAGACGUAUAUGUUCAAGUUAGCUUCGCGAACGAGAUCGCGGUUAAGGAUUCCGACAGGUCUGAGAUGAAUAGUUGACCAUACCGAUAAAAACUCGCGUUAGUAGAGCGGAAUUACAUGCAUUUAUUAAAGGAAAAAUACACCCAAUUUUAACAUUAUGUUGGGUUAGGAUGCCCACUACGAGUUAAUUAUGUCGACGCAUUUUCUCGUCUUAUCUCAUCGAUAACGUAUAACGGUACACUGCUGGACUAAGAGUUCCUAUCAAAGCGAGGGUUUGCCCAUAAUCACCAAGCUGGGCAGACGGGUUGGUGAUCCCAAUAGAUGGUAGUAGCACAGAGUAAGUGCUGCCAGUACUCCCUUAUAUACACCCUUAGUCGCCAACUAAGACACGGUCACGGUUAAAGAUUGUGACAACUGCAUUCUCAUCUGCUGUCACCACAUGGCACCUCGUAGAAGAAUGACGAGAAAAUCGUAGACAUAAUCAUGUCGUGGCGCGCAAAGCUCUACUGGGCCCCAAGUCCGCUAUAACAAAUUCGGUUAUUGGUGCCAAAUCUGCUGACACUGUACUGAAUUGAUACAACUAAGGGCCGGCGCCCAUUAUCGACAUCGGCAAGGAACAGGAUCCUUCGGCAUCCUGCAUGCAAGCGCACACUGUCGGAAACUAUGCUUUGGCAUGCUGCAACGUUCUUAGGGAUGACGAGGCGUCCUUUAGCAUGCCGCACCGUCCUGUAGCGUGCCGAAGCGUCUCAAUAUCAUAUUUCUCGUCAAAACAGUCUCAGAGUUGUUAUAUGUUUAAUUUUGCUCAAACUAUGGUUGUAGAUAGAGGACAGAACUCCUCAGCGGACAGCAGCAAACCCCUCAUUUAAGGCUUAGCGAUACUGAAUACUUUAAUUUUUUUUUCG